AUUACAGAUGAUUUGGCAAGCGCUUUGGGGAUAGCUGAGGUCACUCUACUAUAUCGUCAGUUGACGACGACGCAUAGGCUCUUGAAGCUGACACUGGCGGCCACUAAAGAGUUAAGCUAUCCACUUCUGCCGAGGAUCAUGAGUACACGCCUCCUUUUGUUAAUUGCACUCGCCUCUACCUGGUCAGGUUCCUUGGCAGUGUACGGCAGUAGCGCCGCUGAUGAUGAUGCUCGCGUUGCUAAUGGACAAGCUGCCGCCGCCGCCAGGACUGUCGCCGAUGGCAGCGGUGGCGGUUUUCAUCAUGAGGGCCUUAUAAGUAGCAGCAGCAGCAGCAUACGGAGCAGCGGGAGUGCAGACUUUUCAUUUGAGGGCCCCAGGGGAUGGCGGUCGGGACAGUUCGGCGAUGCGAGGUCGCUGGCGGAAGCGAGUGUCCCUGGCACAGGGCCCCCCCCUGGUCUUCAAUACAAUCAUGGCUAUUGUGCAAGUAUCCGCAACGGUUACCCGUACAAGCUCGCGCUAAGUAACCCAGCUGGAAAUGUGUCCGUUGACGGCAGUCAACGCGAAUAUUGUUUCGAGUUCGAAUCUGGGAACGGUUGUCCGUCAGUGAACUUGACGGAAACACAGCAGUCGUGUUGUAAAGCUUUUCUAGGAGAGCUUCACAGCAUUUAUUUACUGAUUGGUGAGAGAGGCGUAAUGGUUGAUGAUGAGAUGAUGAUGAUGAUGAUGAUGAUGAUGAUGAUGAUGAUGAUGAUGAUGAUGAUGAUGAUGAUAAUUAUUCUAAUAAUAAAUGCUAAU